AAUGAUUACAGGGCGAGACGGGCGCGCGCAGGGAGGGAGAAGGAGAUUAUCCGCGCGCGCUACUCCGCUCUCUUAAUGCACGUUGCGCGGAUAGACUUAGUAAAACUACCAGGAUGAACCGAAGCAGCCAUAUUGUAUGGACAUUACUUGGGAAAUCAGUAUUUCUAGCUUAGUAAAUUCAUUAGUCAUGGAAAUGUAAGAGUUGUACGAGACUUGGAUUGAAUUAGAAAAAAAGUCCUAUUGCUUCUACUCAAGAAACCUUUUUGAAAUAUUGUCGCAGUAAGUCUGAGUCCUGCUUGUUUUUUGUUUUUUAGUUAUUUAUUGUUAGAUUGUUUUUUAAAUUGUUGGCGAGGUUGCGAAGUUAUCAGAAAUGAAAGACAGAUUGGAACAACUUAAAGCGACAUGCGACACGGAUGAUGUUGAAGAUGUGGAAAUCGCCAUAGACAAUCCAGCCUUUAUGGAUGAGUUCUUUGAUCAGAUUGAGGACAUUCGCAGCAACAUCGUAAAGAUGGAAGGGAGUGUGACUGAAGCCAAGAGACUCUACUCACUCAUCCUAUCCGCCCCCACCUCAGACCAGAAAACACAAGAUGACUUGGAGGCCAUCACUAACAAUAUCAAGAAAAGGGCUCGAAGCACUCACAGCAAACUUAAGAGUAUUGAGCAAAACCUGGUGAGAGAUGAGGAGAGGGCGUCCACAGACAUGCGCAUCCGUAAAUCACAGCAUUCUGUCCUGUCCAGAAAAUUUGUGGAGGUGAUGACCAAGUACAACGAGGCCCAGGUGGACUUCCGGGAGAAGAGUAAAGGGCGGAUUCAGCGACAGCUGGAAAUCACUGGUAAAACGACGACCGACGAGGAGCUGGAGGAAAUGCUGGAAAGUGGGAACGCAGCGGUUUUCACAGCAGGGAUCGUGGACUCGGGCAUCUCGAAGCAAGCGCUGAGUGAGAUCGAGGCUCGGCACAAAGACAUUGUGAAGCUGGAGAGCAGCAUCAGGGAGCUGCAUGAGAUGUUCGUGGACAUCGCCAUGCUGGUGGAGAAUCAGGGUGAAAUAGUAAACAACAUCGAGGUCCAUGUGUCCAAAGCAGUCGAUCAUAUAGCGGUGGCCAAGAUCGAAACCAAAAAAGCUGUCAGGUACCAGAAGAAGUCCCGCAAGAAAAUGGUGAUUAUAGUGGUUGUAGUGCUGGUGGUGCUAGCACUCAUAGCCCUGAUAAUUGGGCUCUCAGUGGGACUGACAGUGAAACGUGGCACGUGAAGGAAAAUGAUCAUACUGGGUGUUUGCGUCGCCGUCCUGCUUGUCAUUAUCCUGGCCGUCGUUCUGUCGCAGACGGUGUGACAGCCCAUCCCCAGUGCCAUUCUUCUCACGCCCUCCUCCUGCUCCGUGCCUCGAUCCCUUCACCAGCCCUCCUGCUCGGUUGAAAAGAACUUGGGAACCAGCAAAACAAUCCACAUCUCCCACUGAAGACACUCCAAGCCCCCGAGUUGGGGGGGGGGGGACACCUGGAAGAUGUCCGGUUGAGGAAUAAACUCUCCCUAAUCCUGCUUUUGAACUGCAUGUAAAUAAGGGCAGCGAGUUAAGCCAGAAAGGCAGAACCAGCGCUGACAUCAUUCAUAGUUACCGGAAGAAAAACUGAUAUAAACACAGAGUGCCGCUUAAAAUCGCUAAGUGCGCACACACCCUAAAAGACGAUUUACGUGUGACCUUUCGAGGCAGAAGGGAAACCUGCGUUUAACACUAUGUACACAAUAUAAACCUGGUCUACACCUAGCGGUGACAUCUCGGCCAGAUCGUACGCAUUAAUGGAGUCCAGCCAGUUCAAAAAGGGCCUCGUACAAACCAGUGUCUGGACUUCACUGUUGCUUCCUGUUCGGGGUAGGAAGUCUCCCCCACCCUUGUGAAGUCUACAGUGCCUUUCAUACGUGUCACCUGACACUUUAUACCCUUUUUUAAAAAUCCAGAAUGAGUUGACCUGCCUUCCAAGGAGGUUCAGCUACUAACAUUUUAAGUUGUUCCUGUUGUACAAUAAAUGCUCUGGUGAUUUACUCUGAAAAUACAAACCUUUUGCUCUGUCAGGUCAGAAGAUGCUUUCAGUUUACAGUUCAAUUUCAGUGUAUAUAAUUAGUGUUUUUGUGUAGUGAGCAAAACGACUCAUUCUUGGUAUUUUCCCAUCCAGGAAACGGUAGCAUGACUGGCUUCUGUGAUCAUUUACUGUAUAUUGCGGCCUGUGGUAACACAUUUAAAACUGGGAGAUUCUUAAGUUGUAAGACAUUGAUUGUUAUAUUUUUGUCGCUGUUUUUAUGGAGAUCAGAUUUCACUAAAUUAAUAAAAUAUAUUUUGGAUGUUUGUGAUUUAAA